AUGCAAUCCGCGGAUCUGGAGAUUGAUGUGACCCAGCCUGAUCAGGAUUCCUAUCCAGAAAACGAGAAGUUUGGAUACGGACAGGUCGUGGAGGUGAGGUUAUAUUGUUCUGUUCGUGUAAUUUAAAAUUACAAGAAUGUAAUCAGAUGUUAUGAACGCAUUUACCCCUAUUUUAUUGAAGGUUACCCUAUUGGAGACCGGGAAGAAGCGAGAAUACAUGAUUUGCGAGGCCCUGGGAGAAGGCGGCUACUCAUCCGUCCAUUUGGCCAACGACCUUUCCAAUGAGGAGAUGUUUGUUGCUGUCAAAUGUAUAGAUCUGACCAGUCCGAAGGUCAUCCGACUCGGGAAACAGGCCGAAUUUGAGGUAGAAGUAUUGCAGAGGCUCCAGCACAGUGAAUUUGUCAUCGAGCUCAUCGCGGUGUAAGUUUUUCGCCCUGUUCGAUAAGCUUAAAUCGGAGAUGUUUAGGCGAGGCAAUUAUUGGCAAAAAUAGGGAGUUUCUUGAAAAAUUAUGUCAGAUUACGCAAUUUACGCAAGGUUUAUACCGUCUUUCUUUUUAUUUGGAAUUUGUAGCAAGCUCAUUCCUCGUCAGACCUUGUACAUGUUCAUGGAAUUGGCCCUCGAUUCCUUGCACAAGAUUUUCUACGACAAAAGAGCGGACAAAGUCCCGAUUAGCACGUCUUAUAUUGCCAGUUAUUGGGUUCCCAUCCUCCGCUCGGUCUCCUUCAUCCACCAGAAUGACAUUGUUCAUUGCGAUCUGAAGCCGGAUAACUUUGUGACCAUGGAAGGGCCCGGGAUCCGCGUAAAACUCAUCGAUUUCGGAUGCGCAGCCAGAUUGUCGCCCCUGACGGAGGCUGUGGUCCGAAGAAAAACACUCGGCACGACCAGGUAUAUGGCCCCGGAAUAUCUGAGAUAUCGGAUGAUCAGCAAGGAGUCGGAUGUCUGGGCCUUGGGAGUGCUGUUAUUCUGGAUGAUGGUGGGGACAACGCCCUUCAAAGGCACCCGAAAGGAGGCCAGAGUCGCGAUCUUGAACAAGGACAUAGAUCUGAGUGAGAUCACUGACAAGGAUGUCCUCUUUUCUUUGAAAGUAAGGCAUCUUUUUCAUGUGUAAUAUGAAAAAUGUUCCAGAUGAUCCUCCAAAAGGAUCGCGAAAACCGUCCCAGUUGCAACAAACUCCUCCGGAUAUCCCUGUGCUCUCCCCCCAACGGCAAUUCAACUAAUACGAACACGGACAGGGAAAAAAGUUCUUCCACACCAAACGACACCAGUGGCGUCCAAAAGUAA